AUAAGCAUGAAGGUGUUCGUUGUUUUGGUUCUGGCUUUGGCCACUGUUUCCGCCGAUACAGUAAAGCAGGUCUAUCCGAAGGAUCUUCCUAAGGAUUCUAAAAUUAAGGGCCGUAUUGUGAAUGGAUAUCCGGCGACCGCGGGCAAAGCUCCCUACACUGUUGGCCUGGAGUUCGUGGCACCUAAUGGUGCCUGGUGGUGCGGUGGCUCUAUCAUUGCCCACGAUUGGGUUUUGACUGCUGCUCAUUGUACCAACGAUGCUGUUCAGGCAACCGUGUUUUACGGAGCCACCUGGCAUUUCAAUGCCGAGUUCACUCACACCGUUAGCAGCAGCGAAUUCAUUCAGAACACCAACUGGCCCAAUGAGAACGGCAAUGACAUCGCCCUGAUCCGUACCCCACACGUGGAUUUCUAUAACAUGGUUAACAAGGUAGAGCUGCCCAGUUUUAACGACCGGUACAACAUGUACGACAACUGGUGGGCCGUGGCCUGUGGUUGGGGAAUGACCACCGCUGGAUCUCAACCUGAUUGGAUGCAAUGUGUCGACCUGCAGAUCAUCAGCAAUGCUGAGUGCUCCAACGUUUACGGCUCCCAGCCUGAAGGAAUCCUUUGUGUGUCUACCACUGGUGGCAAAUCGACCUGCUUUGGGGACUCUGGUGGACCUUUGGUUCUGCACGACGGUGGCCGCCUGGUGGGAGUCACUUCAUGGGUUGCCGGAAACGGCUGCGACGCUGGCUUACCCUCUGGAUUUACCCGUGUCACCGCUCAUUUGGAAUGGAUCCGAGAUAAUUCCGGGGUCGCUUACUACUAAGCCAUUUUUAAAUAAAUGAAAUGCAUUAAAAAACUGGUGGAGUUUUU